UCGGGGCGCCGGUGGGGGUUCGAGUGGGCCGGGACUGCAGGAGGGGCGUGCAGGGGCGCGGGGUCCCGCCGGGKAGCGCGCACGGAGCUGCGCCUCGGCCGCCCUGCUUCCUGGAGCUGUGCUCCUUUGACCCCAGUGGCAGUCCCUGUCACUGCACCGCUCGCGAUCCCUCUGGCUCGCCGCGCCCUCGCUCCCUCUUCUCGCCCCCUCGUUCGCUCUCGCCCCAGAUCGAGGCUGCUCGGGUCCUUUCUCCCCCCGCCUCCCUCUAGCGCCGCGCCCCCUGGUCCCCCGCCCCAGCUCGCGGCGGGACCUUCGGGGUCGAAGGUUCUGGCCCGCCCGCGCCCCUCGCCGCCCCCAAGCGCCCCCAGCGCUCUUCUAGCAAGCUCGGGCCGCUCGGCGAUGGAUCGCCUGCACACCGGGCGCUGAAGGCAUCCCSGGGACCCGGAGCGCAGCCCGGGAAAGAAACACACAGCGGUAUUGAUGAGUAAAUCCUUGGAUUCAGAGGUUGGCUGAAACGAACCAUGCCUGCUUCCAUCUUUUGCUCCAGAAAGUUGUGAAUUGCUCAUGCCCAUAGGGAGGAAGGAUGGCACAUGGGAUUCCUUCUCAAGGCAAAGUUACCAUAACGGUGGAUGAGUAUAGCUCAAACCCCACCCAGGCAUUCACACACUACAACAUCAACCAGAGCAGAUUCCAGCCGCCACAUGUACAUAUGGUCGACCCCAUCCCAUAUGACACUCCAAAACCAGCGGGCCACACGCGGUUUGUCUGCAUCUCAGACACACACUCCAGAACAGAUGGUAUCCAGAUGCCUUAUGGGGACAUCCUUCUCCACACAGGCGAUUUCACCGAGCUGGGACUGCCCUCAGAGGUUAAGAAGUUUAAUGACUGGUUAGGAAACCUGCCAUAUGAAUAUAAAAUAGUGAUUGCUGGGAAUCAUGAACUGACAUUUGAUAAGGAAUUCAUGGCAGACCUUGUUAAACAGGACUACUACCGUUUCCCCUCUGUGUCCAAAUUGAAACCAGAGGACUUUGACAAUGUUCAGUCCCUCCUGACAAACAGUAUUUACUUGCAAGAUUCAGAGGUAACAGUGAAAGGAUUCAGGAUAUAUGGUGCACCUUGGACCCCGUGGUUUAAUGGAUGGGGCUUUAACCUCCCCAGAGGUCAGUCUCUACUGGACAAGUGGAACCUCAUCCCUGAGGGCAUCGACAUCCUCAUGACACAUGGACCUCCUCUAGGUUUUCGAGACUGGGUUCCAAAGGAGCUUCAAAGGGUGGGCUGCGUAGAGCUGUUAAACACGGUCCAGAGGCGAGUCCGACCCAAGCUCCAUGUGUUUGGUGGAAUUCAUGAAGGUUACGGCAUCAUGACCGAUGGCUACACGACGUACAUCAAUGCCUCAACAUGUACAGUCAGCUUUCAACCGACCAACCCUCCGAUUAUAUUUGACCUUCCGAACCCACAAGGUUCCUGAAGCUCUAACUAUCUUAUUGGAAUAUGAGGGAAGGUCUACAAACUGCCAUUUUUCUAAUUAUAAACUUACAUUCUCUUACUUGUUUAUUUCCAAAUGCUGUGAGUUCUUUUUGUAAAUUUGUCGAAACAAACAACAACAAAAAAAAUUGAUGCUAGAGGUUGUGCUUCUUCUUCUUUAUUAUUAUUAUUAUUAUUAUUAUWWUAUUAUUAUUAUUAUUUCUAAAUGGGGCACCCAUUGGAAAUCAAAGGAGCAUUGUGAAUUUGUAAAAUGACUUCUGAUUUUUCAAAGGCCACGCCAUUGUAAAUUGUUAAGUGUUCGCCAAAGGACAGCCAAGCUUUCUUUUAAAAAGUGAAAAGAAGUCUUAUUUUAAUAUGCUUUAAGCUGGAAGAAAAAGAAAAAAAAAUGGAAACAGGUAGACAGUGUUUUAAAAACCACCCAGAUUUGCACAACUGUUUAAGAGUAUUGUUUUUAAGUAUUUUAUUUUGUAAUGUUUUGUUGUUGUCGUAUUCUUGGUAAUGCUUCAUUUUUGCAGAUGUGGCCCUGAUUUUAAACAAUCUUCUCAACUGAAGUAGGUAUGGAAAAAGCCUUCUCGUCACAUUCUUGCUGGAAAGAAGACAUGUGUCAAGGGAAGACAACAGCCCUCAUUUAAAGGAUGGCUUAGCUAGUGAGAUCCAUAUCGUGGUUUUACAAGGUCUCAUUGUUUGUUUGUUUCUUUUAAAUUAUUUUAGCUUUAAAAAUAUGGAAAUGGAACCUGUAAACAGCAGGUAUUUCAUGCAGUAAAAAAAAAAUGAGUGUGCAGACUCCUUUUCAGUAUGGGUUUAUAUAUAUAAGUAUUUUUUUUGUGUGUGUACUCUAAGUUAGGAGUUUAACAUUGCCAAGGACAGUACAACUGUGGUGGGAUGCUGUGUGGCUGCACCUCAGAAGUCCGAAGGAACUGACACGUAUUCUCAGAACUCAAGGUCUUAAAGAGCUUGAGUUAAAUCUAGGUACAGUUACAAGCGUGUAUAGAAUUAAAUGGAUGCAAUGGAAGCUAACUAAAAUAAGGCUUAGUUGUCCUUUCUAUUUAAAUGCCCUGAAUUGUCUUCUUACUUCCUCUCCCCCCUCUCCCAUUUUGCACUGUGUGUCGAUGCAAUCUUCGCUAGCACAAAAUAUUGUCGCUAAUAGUCAUUUCUGUUUUCCCAUUGUAAAUGCUGUUGAGCUUUAUUCUAUUUUAUGUUACCUUGAAAUUUAGGAAAGCUGUUGUUUCUUUAAAUUUAUUGUGAUAUUCUAUAUCUAGCGGCCUUUAUAUGCAAAUAAAAU